AUGCAGCACGAAACCCGGAAAGAUCAUGUGGCAUUGAAAGACAAGGCAUUAGGCCCAAUCUCCAUCCUCGCCCCUUUCUCAGCCCUCAUCAUAUCAGUCACACUGGUGAUCUAUUUCCUAAUCCGCUUCUACGUCCUGGAAGGCUUCCUCAUCCGCCGAGUAUACGGUUCAAUUUAUACGGAUAUGAGCGAACUCAACCGCCGCGGUUUCGUCAACCACCACAUUGCCGGUUUCACCAAGAUUGUCAUUCUGAUUGUGGCCGCAUACCCGUUCAUCUGCAUUACCUUCAGCAAAGCGACGUUCCAGGCGGCCUAUGCCCUAGUCACCAUGGGUGAUAUCCUCGUUGUUGUUGCUCAGGCGUUGAUUGCAAUGUAUAUCUUUGAGUUGCUCUAUCGGGUCAAGUUGUCUCCUGUUGCGGUUAUACAUCACAUUGGGACGAUUCUUAUUGGGCAGACGGCUAUUGCUAUCAGUUUCAGUUCGGUCAGGGAACCUGAUGCUGAAAUUGAGUUCGUUCUUUGUACCGUCUGGGGUGCCUUCGAUACCAUCUCCGAAUUCUUCCCUCACGUCGCAAUCAUACUCUACCGCGUCUUUCCUAAACGACACCAUUUCCUGAGUCGCGUCUUUCUCCUUUCCUGCUUUUCCACUGCAGUUGGAACAUUCUCCGAGACUGUUGUGACGAUGUGGCUGUUCGGUUCAUUAUGGAGCCGAUGGAGACUUGCAUUCAAGGUGGUUACACCACUUCUGCAUAUUGCAUUUUCUGCCGCGCAGAUACACGGCAGUCUUGUUUUCUGGCGCAUGUAUCGGAGACAACAGAGAUAUAUGAAAAAUGAAGGCGAGGAUAUUGAGAAAGAUGAAUCUCCUGAUAUGAAGUUGUAUGAGUCAGGUGACCUGGCGAGGGUAGGACGAAGGCCAGCAUAA